AUGGACACAGUAUUACUUCCACUUUUACAAGACGGCCUUCUUUGUCAAAGGUUUGUUUUUCGCCCAUGGCUUCAAUUCGUGCAAAAUGCUGUCAUGAAUGAGUUCUUAUAUUAUCUGUCAUCAAAAAUGUACUGGGGGAUGCCUCUCCCUAUAUCUGCAGCUAUCGUAAAUACUUUUGAUGGAGUCCGAGCCAUUCUUCUUGUUAUCAUCACUCACCUUGCAGAAGCAUACUAUGUGGUUGUCCCUAUAAUUUGCCUAGCACUGGGACUACUAGCUUUGGGCGACGCUGGAACUUGUCCUUUGGAUGUAUUUCUCUCUGAUCAAAUAGCCGAUGAUAAUUCAGAGGAGGCACUUAAUAAUGGGGAUAAAGAUGAAAAAGUCGGUGCCGGUACUCAAUUUUGGCGCAGUGUUGCAGUUCUAUAG